AUGUUAUCAAGUCUGGAUGCAGUGCACAUCUCGGCUGUGUUAGAGGACUGUGUAGAUCAGUUGGCAAUCCUUGGUCAUAUUAUGCCAAACUCCCUAGAGGGGAGGCCUGAAGCUGCACAGAUUGUGGACGAUGAGUUGGGACAAAUUCUACAAGACCAAAGGUUCCUUGAGUCUAGAUAUGAAAUGGUAAGAUGAAUGGUACACUCAAGUUGAUUCUGCUGUGGAAAAAAUUCUUCUACUUUCCUUUCAAGAUUUUGGGAUAAAAUCAGAAUUGUUCAGUAAAUUUUGUGAGUGGAAACUAUUGUCACCAUAUCAUACACUUUUUGGAACUAAAAAUGCCAGAUUUGAAUAAAAUAAAAAAAAAUAAUAAUAUUGUACAUGAUCCAUAUGGUAUGCAUAUAUGAGAUAUUAGAGAGUUUUAGAUCCGAGUUUACCGCGAACCUCUAACCGCGGUUUGCGGUUACCCGUUUGCGGUUCGACGUUCAAACAUAAUUCGAUUUAGAUUGGCGGUGGAUUAAACAAGUGGAUUCUGGUUUAUUAUUCCAUUUAGAAAUAGAAGAAAAAUUAAUCAGUGAAAAUAAAAGAAAUUUACGGCAACACUGGGUUAUCUAGCAGCAAAGAGCUGUAAAUUCUUACAUUAGUUCUUCUUGCAAUUUUACGCCCGCCAUUUUGAAUCCGCAGCCAUGAAUGGCACUUGUUUUCAAGAUCCAAUAGGAUUUAUCAAAUUUAGCAUUUCGCCCGAAUUUGUGCCUCUGUUAAUGUAUAAAGACUUGCUCCACAAGAUUUUUGUAUCAUUACGUGGGAUGAAACAAUAAUUAUACGCUAAAAGCUUUCAGGUAAAUGACAUACGUGAAAACCCAGCUCCCCACGUUGAAAACGCACGUUGUAAACUUCAAACGUGACGCGAAAGACUUGUCACGUGACCUCCAGCGGUUAGAGGUUCGCGGUAAACUCGGAUCUAAAACUCUCUAUUAUAAAUUUUCUUCCUUAUUGUCUUAUUUCCCUUUCAACUUCUUGCCGUUCUGCUGAAGUCCUUCGUGAGGUCCUGUGAUUCAUGUAUUUCUAGUAAUUAGUUACUUUUUAACAUUAAUUUUUUAUAAUGUGAGACGUAUAUUUUUAUUGUAGCUAAUGGCAAAUGAAGAUGAUCCCAGUUUUACUAACAAGAGUCAGUUAAAGGUGGUGGAUGAUGGACAGAUACAGUCUGUAGCUAAAUCACUACGAGAGAGUACAAAUGGUACGAUUGUUGGUAGCUGUAAUACCAAAGCAGUGGAUAGUAUUUUCUUUGUGUUCUGGCUGACAGCUCUAUUCAUUUUGACUGAUUACAUGCCAUUCACCUGAAACCUCAAUCUUCCUCAUUCUAUCACCAUGUUCAGCUGAAUUUUAUAGAUUCCCUGCUCACAAACACGCGUAUAAAAUAUUCUCUCCCUUAAACAGUUGGAACUCCUAAAAUGCAGCCAGUACGUUACCAAAUAAUGCAACCAAUUAUUAUAAUAUCGUAGUACCCCUAAACUUGCUAAUUAGACUGUUUUCUUCUUUCUUUAAUACCGGAACAGCCCUUAACAGAAGUUUCAGACAAAAUCCAUUGACAAGUGACAGUCUCUCAAAAAUUCAAGCAGACAGGUACUGAACAUAUAUUUUCCAGUUAUUUAAAACAGUGAAAAAAGGCCCCAAGUGACUCAGUAUCUAAUACCAAAUUCUACUUUUGAUUAUACAAGGUAACUGGAAGGAGAAUCUAGCAUUUUUAUCAGAAGGCAAUAGGGCUUUAAUGCAGGCACCCCUUUCUACAUUAUUUAAUGUAUCAGUUUAAGUUUUAAGAAAAAAGGGGUAUCGACAAACUUUUUGAUUCCCCAGCCUAACUUUUUCAUUUGCUCAAGGUAAUAAGACUAAAUAGACUGACCGGAAAGUUUCACGGCAAUUAGAGCUGAAGUAUGUUCCACCAAAUCACAAACUUUUUAAGAACUAGUAUAAAUUGUUGCAAAUACACCUUUCAGGGGCACCCAACGAGAAUAUAGUUCAAAACCACUUAAACAUAGCACUGUUAAACGUAUUUUAGUAUUUAAACGGUAGAUAUAGGCAUAUUUUUAUCCCCUAAAAAUUUUUCAUCUGUUCGGAUUUCCUAGCUGAAAGUCUAGUGAUCCGAAAAUUAUAGGGAUCAAAACUUACCUUUUCGAAAAUUUCAGCCAGAAAAAAGGCUCCCGAAAAUUCUAGGUGACCUUUUUAGGGUAAAAAUCCGUUAAAAAUGGGCAAUUAUACCAUUUUUUAGACGUCCGAAAAUCCUAGGAGAGGCAGGCAAGCAAGAAAUUUUACAACAAAUCUUCCGAAAAUUCUAGAUCUAAAAUCGUCUUCCGAACAGAUAUUCUUCCGAAAAUUGUCGUUGGGUGCCCCUGACCUUUGGGUUUGUUGUAAAUAUUAGGUGAAAGCAAUUUACAUGUAGGUUACUUUUAUAAAACUAUAAUUUAACCUGCACAGAAAAUUUUUUCAAGACAUAAUGGAAGAAACCUUGGAUGAAGUUGUCUCUAGCAAAUCAUUUGAUGCCCUUCUCAGAGCUGUUAAUAUAGAAAAGGAAAAGAAAGCUGGUCUUCAACAAACCAUACUCAAGUAAGUUGAUAUUGAUGUUUUAUAAAUGGCAAAAUUUGGUUGAUUGUGAAUAAUUUGUAUUGUAAAUUGUAAUUUGUUUACCCACGGAGCACUAAGGAGUUCAUAAGAACUCGUUGAAACGUGUCCAUGUGUUCCAGAUCGAAUUGGAAUUUGAAAGUGUUGGUUUUGAAGGAGAGGGGAAAAUUCAGCAGUGUACCCGGAGAAAAACCUCUCGGAGCAAGGGAGAGUACCAACAACAAACUCAACCCACAUAUGGCGUCGACACCAGGAUUUGAACUUGGGCCACAUUCGUGGGAGGCAAGUGCUCUCACCACUGCGCCACCUUUGCUCCCCCAAUGCCACUGUUUUAGAUUAUCUGACAAUAAUAUUAUUUUACUUUGGUGGGAGGACACAACUGCCCCAAGUAGGCACUGGGACAGGUACCACUCCACCCUCUGCACUUUUUGAGUUCAAGUUAUUAGAGACCUUUAGAUUCUAAGAUGAGUAUGACUACGAGUACGAGAUUUUUUCAAUACUAAGUAGUGCACGGGCGCGAGCCUUCGUCAUUCUACAACGAGUUUUAGCGAGAAGGUCAAAGUGGCGGAUACAAGUUAUCAAAUGUUAGAAGUUUAAUCAUUUUGCGAUUGGGAGAGGGUGUAACCUCCUUCACUAAAGGUAACACUGUGGUAGCUAUUGAAAACUGGUAAAAUGAAGCUUUCCGGGUAGUCUAUAUUUUGAGAGUACGCGAAAAAAAAUUAAGUCAAAUCUCGUUCCCGUAGUCGUCCUUGUCCUCUAAUCUGAAGGUCUCUAUUAUUGCAGAUGAGAAGAGGAGCCCUCAAUCCUAAUUUCUAGGUUGCUAUGAUAAAUGCACGGCAAGACUAGUAUAUAGCCAGCUUUGGUUGGACUUCCACUAAGAAUGAAUGAGAAUGCACAGAUUGCAAGCUGAUCAUGCUUGUUUGGACCUUCUAUCUCUUGUAAUCUGAUUGCCCCUGUUUUGACCAUCUAUCGUGUGAAACUUACACAAAGCACAGAGUUGGAGCAAAGAGGUUUUGACAUUCGAUCGUUGUCGUCAGCAUUCUCGGUUAUUACAAGGUUUUAUUAUUGAGUGGUAAUGGGGAAAAUACAAUCAUGUGAUUUGUAAGAUGGUGAAAAUAUUUUUCUCUACAAGCAUUAUUCAAAGAAGAAGAGUGGGCAGUGCUCUUGCUUACUAUAAAGUUCAUUUGUAUGGACAUAAUUUUCAUUGUGUCCUUUAUGUAAAUAGGGAGGAAGAGAGUCGCAGACUUGUGAAGAGUCUACAAAGACAACUUAUUGAAGUAAAAAGAGAAAAAGAGAGUGAAAUUCAGGUAAGUCAAGUUUAAUUACAAUAUUACACACCAAAUGUACAUUUACACUACUACAUUCAAAACUAAUGAAAUUUAUGUAAUAAAUAUUAAAUUAAAUAAUAAAAACCAAAAAAUAAAUUAAAUAGAAUAAGUGAAGUAACUAAUAAUUCCUAGCAAAGUGAGGCUCAAAGGACCGAGUUAAUGCGAGGUAAAUAAAUUUUUUGGAAACUUGUGUCAUGUGUGGAUGUGACUCCUGAUCAAACCACCCACCAGAAUAAAAAACUGGCAAAUGCCAGCUGUUUUCAGUUCAGAUGAUUGCAUCAUUGAGCUAGUAGCAACACUGAGCUGGUAACCUGCACAGCACGCAGGAGCAAAAUUUGUUUUGGUCAGUUCUUAUGGAGGGUGCAGGGAAAACGCACGUGGGCAAGUCCUCGAAAUUACUCCCCUUGCCCCGAAAAAACUGGCGCCUGCUACUCAGGCUAUUGAGCUGGUUGCCCUAUCUUUUUAUCAUUUGUUGUCUCAUUUGAGUGGAUGGUGGUGAAUUCACAUUGCGCCUGUUUGGAAACAGGUUGGUGACAAAUAAAUCUCGGUGGUGUGGUCUGUCUGUCUUCAGUGAGUUGUAUAACAAAAAGGGAAUGGUGAGUGAUAUGAGCCGACAGUAGUUUGUACCAGCUGUAAUGGUGUUCCCUCCAUUUCCUAGGCAGUGAAGGAAGGCUUAGGCCAAAUGUCAAAAUUCACAUGUGGUGGACCUAAUGCUAUAAGUGCGAAAACCUUACCCUGCAAGCAAGCUGUCCAUUUGGUGGAAUUACGAGAACACGUGAGAGCAGCAAGCAAAAAGGAAACACCCCUCACGGCUUGCUUCGCUUGCCCAAAUAAGAGAGCCUGCUUGCAGACUAGAAAAAUUGAAAAAAAAUAGAUUUUGCUCAUAAGCAUGAAGUUUGUCACAUGUUAUGUUUGAUGUUUGAUCCAGUAACAAGUAGAAUUAAGACAUUAAAAGCACAGGUGGCCCAAGCUGGAAAUAUGACCUUGACUCCACUUAAGUAAGGUUAUCCGAUUUUUAUCAAAAUCCUUUCAUAUCCGUAGGCUACAGAAACAAUCGCUUUUUCACCAUGCAAAUCCUUAUAUUUCAAAUGUAAUGAAUGAAUGAAUGAAUGAAUAAUUUAUUUCUGUAGCGCAUUUUCCUAACACCCAAAUGCACUUUACAGUGUCAAACAUAUUAUAAUCUAUACACUAAACUAGGGGUACCUUCCGGCAAGUGCCAACGAGGCGAAUUCGAUAACCUUUUGUGGGAUGUGCCUAAUGGUCCUUCGUGAAUCGGUGGACAAUUUUAGGGGUUUAAAUUGAUUUGUCUAUUAUUAAUAAAGCCAAAAUAAGAAUUAAUACAGGAGAUUGUAAAGGGACUGUAAAAGGGUGGGGUGGUACGCCCUUAUAUUGCCUAUACGGAAAUGUGGCGCUGGACAGGGUAUGGUUUUUGACCUCUCCGUCCCCUAUUGUGUUUUUACUCUACAGUAAUUGCCAAUAAAUUCAUAAAUAGCUUUAAACACGACGGCGCUUUUUUCGUUUAUCCUAAACGGAGUAUAUAAUUGGCGUUGUUGACCUAAGAGGGUAUGUAUUUAAGGAUAUUUUUGUCCUUAACAGGGCCAGGGUUUCAAACCUCGGCGGUUGACCUAUACCUAAAUCUUGGUUGAGUAACCCCCUGAGGGGUUUGAAACAACAACUUUGGUACAUUCUAGGUUAACCUGGUCACAGAAGCUUAAAGCGUCUUUGGUAGCAAAUCUUCACUGCAAAUUUCAUUUUAUUUAAACAAUAAACGUUAGGCAAUCAAUCCUUGAAAAUUGAACUUGAACAAGUUAAAAACAAGCUGUGUCUACUGUCUACACUUCAGCAGUGCUUUGUUUGAAAUUAUUGAAAUCAAUGUAUUAAGUGCCUAUAUGGUUGUUUUCUUUCAUGGUAUGAAACAACAAGUACAACAAUUGAAUUUGUACAAACGAAUUUUUUUAAAUUCGUAGCACGUCUCAGUAAUGAAUAUCAAAGUUUUAUAACGUUCUUAUAGAUAGCAAAAAAUGUAGGUAACAAAACUAUGAACGCUUUGAUUGUAUUGGUCUGUUCACGAACUUAAAUAACAGUUUCUUUUCCACUUUGUUUCACUAGAGUUCACAUGUCAUUUUUUGAAAUUCUUUAACUUUGUCCACAAAAUGGUUGAUUUGUUUAGUACCACAGUACUUCCUGUGGAAAUUACAAGUUUAGUACUUCUUUGACAAAGUUCCGUUUGGAGUUGUAUUUCAUUUUGACAUCCUUUAGGCUCAUAAGGGCAUUUUCUAUUUCAUCUAUGGUGCUGCUCAUACUGCUGUUGUAUUCUUCAGGAGGUUUUCGAUUUCAUUUGUAAAUGCAGUGAGCCACAAUUCCGAUUCAUUGUGUUGAAUACACAGCUUGACAGAACCUUCCCGCCUGCAGUUGAUGAUCCUUUGUCGCAGUUUGCAGUUUUGGCAUCUCACUGACUCGCCCGACUCAUCCCCAAUUCGUUUUUUGCAAAGUUGGCAUGCACUAAAAAUGCUUAAACUGGCAACAUAUUUUAGUUUACUUGCAAUGAUCUCUAUUUCUGGAUUUGUCAAUAUUUCUGGGCCCACUAAUUUUUUGAGAGUUGUGGUUUCCUCACUGUAAGUUGUAUUCCUGUUGGUGCUAUGGAAUUUUGAUCCUUGAUAAUACCGUAGUGUGAGGUUUUGAAAGUAAUAGGCCUUGUUGCUUUUCAGUUGUGCAAAUAACGGUUCCCAUAUGUGGAGUUCCAUUGUUCCCGUUUCGUCUUCCAAUAUGCAGUCUUCUUUGACAGAUAAGGCUUGACUGGAUUUGGUUUCUAUCUUGUUUGGCUCCUGGGCUCCCAUUGACAGAGUUGCAUGGACGUUGACUUUCUGACUGGGUGCCAUUUCUUUCAGUUCUCGUAAAGAGACAUUAGACGCUUCCUGUGAUGUUGAUUCGGAACGUUCUGACUUGACAAAAUUUGGUACAUAGGAGAAUGGUACAUCAGCAUUUGCACAUUGCGAAACAUAGGAUUGCUGGUUGAAAAGCCAGUCGUUGUCUUCAUCAUCUGGUGUAAGAAGGUUCUUUAACAAGACGGGAGACUUGGUUUCUUGGAAGUGCUUGAUCUUGGGAUACUCUUUGCACUUUAGUCGGUUAAAUUUGCAGGUGAAAGUCAAACCAAUCAUGUCUGGACCUUGCAGCGGUUUUGACGGGGGAUAUUUUUUGGAUGUACCCAUACUUGUUUACUAAACGAAAGAAAAGCAAACAAAUUCAGGAUGCAUGAUCAUCAAUGCGCUUACAGUGAUAGCAACAAUAACCCUAUUAUCAUCAUUAUAGUUAACACAAUAACACAUGCUAUCAAUCUUGACAUAAAGAAAUUCUUAACUUCAUCGAAUCAUGAAACUUUUGCAUGUUCAGUUUUGCCCACUUUUAUUGGUGAAGCUCUCCACAGUUACUUAUUUUAAACUCAGAUAAAUACAUUUCCUGGCUAGAAACUCCAUUUUUCAGACUUGUUACUCCUUCACUCAUUACACUACUAUCUGAAUUUUUUUUUCUUGAGCCUGUAUGCCCGCAUGUACAACUUUUUUCUUUCCUUCACUUCACUAGAUGUUUUUGAGACCUUUUUCCUAUUUCCUGUUUAGGUCGUUUAAUGUUUUCAUCUGCAUAAUAUGUAUCACUUGAGGAAUUAAUGCUUUGACUUUUCCGCUUCAUUGUAAAUUUAAUUACUAAAUCAUUUCUUUGGGUUUUCAUUUCUUUUACGUAUUUCUAAUUUGCCCCUUUCGUUUAAGUCAAGUUCAGAAUAAGUUUUAGCUCUAUACUUCUGCAUGUAUGCAUUAUUUUUUGCCUUGACUUCUGGCUGUUUAGUUAUUACAUUUGACUCUGUUAUCCUUUUUAUAACUUGUGACUUUUUGGUCUAACUUCAGUUCUUUCGUACUGCAAGAGUCUUUUGAAACUGAUUUGCAAACAACUGGAUUUAUGGUGAAGCUAUUACAGGUCUGAUUUGCAGAUUCAUGUAAAUUGAUGUCUACAGACUCAGACUUUUGAAAUAUGGCAAAAAACCAGCCAUCCGGAUAACUAUACAAUAGUUCUUGAAAGGAAAGAAACGCCUUACAGAAACACACAAAUCAUCAAUAUAGAUCCAACCGCUCUCACUUUUUAAGGCAACAGUAAAAUGUCUAUUUAAAUACCUAACAAUUCCUUUGAGACAGUAUGAAACUCCUAAGGUUUCCAUAUCAUGUGGAAAAAACAUUUGAGUUAUACAAUCAGGUGACAAUUCUAUCAUUAAAAAGGUUGGCAGGCACACAAAGUGUCGAAGUGAAGCAACACUUCCAGAAUGAUUUUGGCAGUAAACACAAAAAAGUCUAUUGAUGUUUGGCAGCAUAGCUUCCGAUACAGAACUUUCAAAACCAUUCUGAUUUAUAUGGCGAUAGGUAAUAUACAAGACAAAAACAUCUGUGGAUUUGGUGAUUUCCUGGUUACACUCUGAACAAAUGGAAUGAUUGGUAUGUUGAAUAAGAAAUAAUGAUUUUAAACCAAACGUUAAUUCUCCAAAUGUAUUGAUUUGGAAUAUGUCACUGAAUACAGCAUUAUCAGACAUACCUGUAAAAGAGGCACAGUGCUGUGUCAUCCAGGCCCAAAUGGGUUCUCGGACUGAAUGUAACUGGUUGGAAAGGAUUUCACCACUAUUUACUUGCACACACGCUGUGUAUAACAUUUCAAAAAAUUCAUUACGUUCCACAGACUCAAAAGCAUCUUUAAAAAUGUAACAGCUUAACUCCAUAAAACAAUCAAUUGCAGAUGAGAAUUUUCCUGGAAAAUCAAGGUAGUAAUUCCUGAAAUGCAUUUGCUCAACGGGGAGGAAUGAACGAGGCAAUGACUGCGAUAUUUCUUUACCAAAACGUUCUUGUAAAUGUGGUUUGGUUUGGGAAGAUUUACGGGAGUUUGAAUCCUUUGACAGUGCUGGAUUUCCAUUGACCAAAUGUGCUUCCUUGUUUGUUUGUUAUUAUGUAAGGAUUAAAACUACCAUUUGAAGCACACCACUGUAAUAGGUGACCGUAUAUAAGCACGGGCCACAACAUCUAAUUUUGUGUAAUUGUAAAUCGUCACUUAAAGAAGAACGCGGAGGUUUAAGGUGACUCGACCCAGUUUUUUUGGGGUGGUACCAUCCUACUUUGAAGCUCUCUGGUAUCCCCACCUUUACUUUUAUCGUAAGUGUAACACAUAGAAUGGAUAACAUAUAGAUCAAUCUACAACAUGACAUAAGCCGCGCUAGUAAGAGACAAACUUACCAAAUUCUCUCUUUUAACUUUACAAGGCGUUUUUCAAUUCUCGAAACCCGACAUCUAAACUUAUUCUUUUUGCGAUAUUGUUCGCCUCCUUCGCCCUCUUCAUAAUAUAUAGAUUUAGCCAGGGCUAAAAGCGAAGCUCUCAAUAAUAUUUAUAGUUUGUUCAUAUUUAUAGUUGUAAUAUUUACAGUUUAUUGUUUGAUAUUGUAUAGUAAUGGUAAGCGGCGAAGGCAUGCAACGCCGGAGAAUGGUGAAAAACAGCAAUAGGUCUAAUUAGCAAAAAAGCAACUUUGCACGUGCAGCACACUUUUUUGGUACAUUUCUUUGCCGUUGUUUUGCACGACUACAACAUGAAACUUCCACAAACUUCUUAGGGCCUGUUUACAUGGAGGUGGGGAACCCCAGGUAAGUGAGGUAACCCGCUUAGCUGUGGUAACCCGCCUGUCCAUAUAACCUCUCAUUUUAAUUUGAUUACGUUUACGUGAUAAGAGGGGUAACCCGCCAAGGCGGUUAGCCCAGCCGGGGUCAAAUUUUGCCAUGUAAACUUCAAGGUGGGGUAACCCGCCUAGCCGGGGUCGGAUUCGUGAUACAUCAAAUUCUCACAAAAUUCACAUAAUUAUUAAAGGUAACAAUACAAAGCCACAGCACUGAAGGUUGCAGCAAGAGCAGCAAGUGAGUGUAGAAGAGCAAUAAUCAUCACCAAAACACAUGGUUUGCCGUGCUUAGUGACAAUUCAAUAAUCUUGAAAAAGAGCACCCCGGGAUGGAGGGGUUGUAAGGUUGCAUGUAAAGGAGGGUUAAUAUUUAACCUCACCUAAACGGGUUAUCUCACCUACCUGGGGUCCCCCACCUCCAUGUAAACAGGGCCUUAAUUACACGUUUUAUGGAGGAAAUGUCGUACGUGUUCUCGUUCACUUUUUUUCACUGCCGCUCAUUUUCACCUUACUUUAUUGGUGGCCGCAAGCAUUUCUCAUUUCAUCACCGCCGCUACAAAAUUUUCGUUUUUAAAUCUCCGUCGCCCUUUUUCUCGCUGAGCUUGGCUGGCCUAGCGCCCGGUUUCUCUUUUUCUCUGUCUUUCUCUUGCUCUAUAUUCCAAAUCUGUGGACAUGACAAUUUAUCUAAGCUUAAUACUUUAGGCAACACGGAUACAGAAAAAAUUUCCGCUUUCCGUUUUCGUCUUUAUUGACUCUUUUAUUGUCUCUGCUUUACAAGACGCCGGUGGCUAUGCGAUUUCCCGCCAAAAUAACCUCGAGUUGCAUUUCGGUUGCCAUACCUGUUGAUUGAGUUAUUUUACAUUGGUAUGCCUGUGGUGCGGACGGGCGGUCUCUCGGGCUGUCGGUCGGUAGAUGUACGGUCACGUGAUUACCAAAUUUUCUCGGAUGGGUAGAUUACUUCAUUUUCUUACCCAUGGUGCUCCGCUGGCGCGCUUCGCGCGCGAGAGCUCCGCUAAAAAAAAUUGCCACACAGUCAAUGAUGACCCAUGUCCCCUAAGAUUUUUGGCGAUCGGAGUAAUUGUCACGUGGUUAUAAUGCCACGCCCCUUUGAGGUCUGAGUCGAAAAUCUGCUGUUGCCGGCAUUUUUUCUUGAAAAUCUCUCGGCUACACAUAGUGCGCAUUAGUGCCUUGCGCUGAACAGAGUUUCACCAAAAUCGCAAAGACCCAAUUCGAGAAAUUCAGCGGUUUCCAAAUUUAGGUCAUAAUUUAUGCGAAAAUGGUAAGCAAACUUUAUACGGAUUAUAUCUGAUAAACUAUGAGAUUCAUCUCUGUAUUUUGGGCAUCCUUAUAACAGAUGGGUCCUUGCAAGUCCGCAAAACGCUGUAGGGCCUUGUAAAUGCGCGCGAUUUCGAGCAAAGCAAACAUAUAAAAUUAUAGUUUUCGCUAUUUGUUGACGUUUGUCAGCGUUUAAGAGUCAAUCUCGCGAAAAAAGCAUUUUCUUAAAAAUUCGUAGUUUUUUUUCCUUCAAAUUUUUUUCAGGGCCACAAUUGAUUAUCUAACUAUCCGGACUCUGAAUUUCAUGGUCAUCGAAAAACUGUGACGUUAUCUUCUAUAAGCCCAAACUUUAGUAAACAUUGAAGAUUUUUAGCGUUUUGGCUGAGUUUGUGCUUUGGGAGUUGUCUAUUGUUUCUAGUCUGUCAUGAUCCAGCAUUCUUGUUCAGCACGCGUGCAAUGACCGCGCUUGGCUGACUUCCGAAUAAUGCAGUAUAAUGACCUGUUAGGUCAUCAACCUUCUCCGAUGGACAACGAACAGCCGCACACUGGACCACGCAAUCUCAAACCAUGAUUUAUAAAUACAAGACCAUGACGUCACUGCCCAAAUAUGAGGUCUUACUUACACCCAAAUGUGGUCAAAAAUGCAAAUUUUAGAGGGUUACGCAGAAUUUGAUAACCUGAGAAAAUUGAGCGGUUGUCAUACAUUCUCUCUAACGGCUACCGCUGAAAUUGGGCCCGAUACAAACUAUUACAAGUUUGUGUUCGUUACGGCCAGAUUUUGGCCGUAACGCUGAUUGGCUGUUAGGACAAUCCCACAAGUUCUGAUUGGCUGUCGGAAACGCCGGAAGUUGAAAGCGCUUAUUCCUCGCGUGGUUGUUUUCGUGAAUGAUCCGUCGUCGGUGGAGAGAAGGAUCGAUUUGGCUGUCUUUUUUAUUGUUUUAUGGUCUUAUGGUAGGAAAAUAUGCCUUAAUAUGUGCCAUGGAAAUUCAGAAAAUUCAUGUGGUUGUUCAUAUCUUCUCAGGAUUUGCUUUAUUUACGGAAAGUGUAUCGCGGAGUUGAAUCCCUCUGUAAGUUGUUGACCGCUAACAAGGUGCAUUUUGAUUUAUCUUAAAACUGGUUUCAUUUGAAAGUUUAGCCGGGAAUGACUUCUCUGAACGGGGUACGCACGUGGAGGCUCACUGCGAAAGAAACCUCAAUCGCCAACUGUAAAGUAUUAGACGAAAAAUAUCGCAUCGCUGUUCAAGGAAUUUUCAGUGUUCACAGACUGGUUGUUUGACUACGCUUUUUGUUAAAAAUAAACCAAGAAAACUGGUGUCCUCGCUCGUUGGCUCUUUGCUUUUGUUUUUAAAGAUUUAUGUACUGAAAAUCGGGGGAAAUUGCCGAGGAAAAUAUCAAGACAACGGAAAAAUAGAGAUUUCAGUAUUUUAAAUUCCAGAGCGCCUAGCCAAAAUAAUAAAACAAGUAGAACAUCGUGUCGCCGUCUUUUCGAAAACUUUUGACCUUCUACGCCAACAGAAGUAACCUUCGAGAUCUCCCUUAAUGUCGCAAGAAGUUAAAUGUGAUUGUGCUGACUGUUUUAUUUUUAGCUGAAAAAAUUAACAGAUAAAAGCUAUUUUUUAAGUCAGCCAGUCUGCAUUUUUCCCACGCGUGAAAAAUUUGCAUACUAGAAAAACAAGCAACGGAAGUAAUUCUGAUUGACUGAUUCGGCAAAUGUCAAUCAAUCAAAAAAGUGGGCGGCAGACAUUUCGUUAAAGGUUUCUAUCAGGCUCUCUUUUCGUUUCGCCUUGCCCACCGGAAUGUAAUUUUCGAAGCGAAACGAAAAUAGACCCUGAUCUCAGGUUAAGAAUUUGAGGGUUUUGCCCACAUUGCGCGGCGUUAUAAUCUGCCGCCGAGUCAACCUCGCUUCUUAGCUCGGUUGCCUCGUUGGCAAAAAUGUAAAAAAUCCUAAGAAACAAAAAAAUCAAAAGUCUAAAAGUCCUUAGAAUCGAAAAAAAAUUGAAGGUCUAAAAAAUAUGCUUGUCGAAAAAGAUGGGUCUUAAGCUUAGCUUUCAAGAUAGAGACAGACGCGCUGCUUUUAAUCUCAAAUGGAAGCGGGUUCCAGAGGUAAGGCGCGCACACUGAGAAAGCCCUCAAGCCAAUCAAUUUGAGCUUGUGCGUAGGCUGCUCCAAAGCGUUUGAUUCACUCCAUCCACCACUACUAUUGAGUAACCUCAACGCCUACGGCUUUGGGAGCAGUACAGUUCGGCUUCUGGAGAGUUAUCUGUGUGAUCGCAAUUACCGGGUGAAGAUUGGGGACCUUGUCAGUUCAAGUAGGUCUGUUAACCGAGGCUGUCCACAGGGUUCCGCUCUAGGUCCCUUACUUUGGAAUAUAUUCCAGAACGAUUUGUCGUACUGUGUAACAACUAACUUGUCUAUGUACGGACGAUCAUCAGAUCUAUCACACAGGACAGGAUCAGUCCUCUGUUAUGUUAAUGCUAAAGGAAAGUGCACAGCAAGCCACUAAUUGGUGCAACUCAAAUCUUCUAGCCGGAACUUGAAGAAAUAUCAAACUAUGAACAUCGGACAUGGCCAAAGCGAUAAUAACACCACUCAAGUGAUCAGAUUAAACAAUCAUGAUAUUAGUAUAACUGACUCUCUCAAAUUGUUGGGUGUCACAAUAGAUUCUAAGCUGAAUUUUUCAGAGCACAUUAACAUGAUCUGUAAAAUUGCCGGUAAGAAAAUUGGCGUCCUUAUGAGACUUAGAAACUUGAUUCCGACGAAUGCUAAACUUAUGCUUUUCAAAACAGCAAUAUUGCCGCACCUUACAUAUUGCCACCUUGUGUGGCACUUUUGCCGAGCCAGUGAUUCUCGUAAAAUCGAGCGGAUGCAAGAAAGGGGCCUGCGUGCUGUUUUGAGGAACAAUGUUAGCUACCCUGAACUUCUAAAAAGAGCAGAACUGCCAAGUUUACAGAACAGGAGACUACAAGACAUUUGUGUUUUAAUGUAUAAAGCCAAGAACAAUCUAUGUCCCCCCUAUAUCAGUAAGUAUAACUUAAGGCAGUCUGAUUUCCCCGCUGCCAGGUACAACACGGUAACAUAUGGCAAACACUCCCUUCGCCACUUGGGGCCCAAUCUCUGGGGAAAAUUAUCUCCAGACUUGAGAGAAGUUACCACCUUAAAAUGCUUCAGAAACAAAAUACGUACAUUAGAUAUAGUAACACUAAUGGAUAAUGGAUGCAAGUGUUGUCAUCUCUGCAAUUCAAAGACAUAAUUGUCAUACUGUAAAUAUUGUAAAUGUCAUUAAUUUUUUUAUACCUGCGCUUAUAUGUAAAUACUUUAAUUUAUAUUUAUAUUUAUAUUUAUUUAUUUUGUGUCCCCUAAUUAGCAUAGGUUUUUAACCUAAGCUAGGAGGCUUCUUUAGACACCUUAAUAAAGUUUCAUCAUCAUCAUCAUCAUCAUCAUCAUCAGUAGAAGUUGGUCAGCAGACCUAACUGUUGCGGAAUUCUUUUAACCCCGCUCCGCUGGUUCAAACAAAUCAAGAGGACUGUAUCUUUCGAUGUAACGACACGAUUUAAUGCAAUCCAACAAUCUACUGCAAUGUACAAUUCUCACAUAUUCAACGUUCGUAACACUACGAUCAACGUAACUAAACGAUCAACGAUCAACGAUCAACUAAAACAUUCUAAGUAUACAGUGGUUUUGCUACUAUCCUUGGGUAAGGCAGUAUUUUUACAUUAAUCACAUGUACAGUAAAAGUUCCCAUUGUAAUGUAUCUAAAUUAAGUGUCUAUUACAAAAUCGCACGUUCUUUCACCUUAUUUAGCCUAAGAAAAUGCAUGCAGUUACAUCAUUUUAUAUCGUAAAUAUACUCGGACUUUGUCUACAUUAUUGUGAAAUCUAAUGUCACGAAAUCUAACUUCUUUGCGCUACAAAUAUCAAUUUCUAAUUAAUGUUUAAUCACAAAAUAAUCAAGUUAAGCAUCACCUAUUUCUUUCCCGACACUAACAGCUCGCCUAGGAACAUAAGGACUGAUGAGCUCAGUCAGUUACGUUGGAGUCGCACCAUGGAGUGCCUCAAAGGAGUACAAUAAGAUCUUAAAAACAACACGCUGACGGACGGGGAGCCAGUGUAGCUCAAUAAGUAGUGGUGUGACAUGAUCAAACUUUCGCUUCGAUCACUUUAGCCGCGGCGUUCAUAACAUAACAUGCUACAGUGCCAAUGAUCAUAUUUCGAGCUUGGGUCACCUGUGUUUAAGGCAGCAAAUAUAAUAUAACGAGGAGAGGAAGAUGCAUAUUGCUCCAUGUCACAAACAUGCGUUGGAGCAUUUUUCUCUGCCCCACGCCUUUGAAAUGAUGUUUUUCACAUUGUUUUUCACGUUGCAGCAACGAAAUGAAAUGAUUGCUCACCUCAAGGAUCAACUUCAAGAAAUGAAAGCUAAAACCAGCAUGGAAGGAAAAUACAUCAAGAAAGAUGCAGAGGUAUUGUUAUUACUGGGUGUGUUUACCCAUAAACAAAAUGCUCCUGUCGAGUUAGGAAUGAGAUAUCAAAAUAACUUUAUGAAGGAGCAACAACCAUAAUAACUUUUGGUUUCUGGGAAACUGCCCACCUACCCCUUCCAUAAGGUAACAUGAACACUUACUUUUCACUUAUGGCAAAGUGUUGGCUUAGGGGAGUGGUAGGUGGAUAUGGAAACAAUAAUGAUCCAAAUUUUGGUGAUUUUUAAAGGCAUAGCAUUAGAACUUGAAAAAGUUGUUCCAACUUUGUCAAGUUUCAAUCCAUGUCCAUCUUUGGCAUCGAUUGCAACUGACAACAGGAAACUGUUUCAUUGCCUAAUAUAGUCUUAAACUGGAUCUGAAACUGGAUCAUUAUGUUUGGAAAUCAAUUGAUGCAAAAAAAGGUUUUAGCUUUGUUAAAAGAUAGCAAAUAGCGUGCUAAGCCCCUAUAAAUUCCACUUUGAUUAACGUUUGCAAUAAAUUUCUGAAAAACUGCCGCUUUGGAACUGCGCUACCGUUCACUAAUUUAAAAGACUUGGUUGUUAGUCUUUUAGAGGCAAACAACUUUUGACUUUCUGUUACGUAAGCCACAAGGACCCUAAUCUUUAUGUAGGAAGUAUUCCGUCUUCACUGUAGCAGGUUUUGUCCAUUAAUAAACUAAGUUGUAGUUUUUUGGUUGGAGCACGUGCAUCACGUACUAAGAAAAGUGCGCUGCUCGUUUACCCGGGCGAUUUUUCGAGCGACUUUUGCCGCGAUUUCUUGGCGAUGUUCCUUUCUUUAUGCGGCUGCUACUUCUUGCAAAGAUUGCCAAAAAGCUGUGAUAGAUUUUAACGUUGUGCGAAAUAGGAAAAAAUCAACAACAAGCAAAAAAUCAAAAACAAAAAAAUGUAGGUGGAAAAGUUAUAAACGUACUAAGGUCGCUGAAUGUGCAAUGCUGGGAUAUUUCAUUUUGGUUUACCCCCUGUCUUUAGGUUCGUGUAAGCUGCACGCAAAAGCGAUGCCAGCAAGGAGAAAAUACGUUGAAGGAGGAUCUUGAGGUGAGCUUGGGGGGUGGGUACACUUUAGAUGGGGUUAUUGCGUUAUUGCUUCUGUUGUAGGAACGUUUUGGUAUGCACUGUCCUUAUCAAGUAUAGUCUAGAGGGUUAAUUACUAUGUAGCAAUCCUCUGAUUCAGUGGCUUGAUCAUGUCGCUGUUCUUGUUGCAGACGUUGCGCUAUAAAAUGGAAGAAGAAGUGCGGGUUAAUGCAGAGAUCGAAACAUACUUACGACGGCAUCACCAGGUAAGAGAAGCCAUGUUUCACAACAUUUCAGCUCAUUAGUAUACGGAUAUCAAUAAGGGACAGGUAAAAUAUAGGACCUAAAAAAAGGGUAUCAGUAGAGAUACAGUUAUUGGUAUCUAACACAUCACUUGAGUUUUACUAGUUCUGCCUGUAUUAAAAGUAAAUCAAAUGGCAAAGGUUGUUAUAUCAUAAUUCUUGUAGAUAUCGGAAGAAAAAGUUGAAUAUUGGAUGAAAAAAUACGACCGUGAUAUGGAAAAAAAACAGCGCGAGCUGGAUAAAUUGAAGGUUUGUAUCUCGUAUUUUAUGCUUGUGUCAAAGCCGAGCGCGCGCGCGAGCGCACUCUUUACCCUCCCCCACCCCCCAUAGCGCUCGCUAUGCUAGCAAUAGACCAUUUGCGAGUUGACCCAAGCCUCUUUCCCAAAGCGAGGCGAAAUGCGAAGCCAUUGAUAUGAAAAUGAGUUUUUAUUCUCAUGCAAAUAAAACUCAUUUUCCCCAGAACAAAGGUUUUGCACUUAGCCUCACUUUGACAGUGAGAGUGUUUGGAACUCGGAAAUGGCCAAUUGGUGGCGUUCCUUUGGAGAGUUAGUACUACCGAGGACAGAGUGCUAGCAUCUAAAAUAGAUGUUAAGGCUAUUCUAAUUGUUCUUUUUGUAGGCUUGUAAGGCGAAUGACCUCGCCAGACUUCAGGAGCUCACACAACAGGUAAGAAAACCUUCCACAACAAUUGUACAGGAAAUUAUUCGACUGUUAGUCAUACCCUACGGAAGGUACUGGGCAUUGCGUUUCUAUAAUGCGCUUUAUUAUGUUGUACAGGGUGUUUUUAACUUUUGAGUUUGGGGCGUGACAUUUUGAGGGUUGUUUUUUUGACAUAAAUGUUAUUGACCAUUUGUACAAUUUGCCCCCGGGGGGGGGGGGGGUGUACUUACUUACAAGAGGCUAAUGGGGAUGUGCCACUGGUUGGGGUCGCAUUUUCACGCCUGGAUUGACUACAAUGGGGUCGCAUUUUCAAUAGAAAGACUAGAAUGGUGUCACAUAUUUUCUGAUUUUUGGGGUAAGACAGUUCUUCAUAUUUACGGUUAGCAAACGUACCAGGAUGUUUGUACUGUAGAUGAGAAUUAAAGUGUUCUUCAUUGAAUAUAAGGAAGAUACAUAAAUAGAAAGUGACUAAGUUAGGAUAACGAAAAUUACACAUUUGUCCAAAAGUGACUAAGAUGGGGUGUAUAACUGGCCUCAGAAUAGACUAUAAUGGGACAGGGGCUCAAAGAGGCCAGCGGCACAUACCCAGCAAAAAUGAACCCAAGUACCCCCCUCCCUCGCCCCCAGGAAUUUGCCGUGGUACCACGUCUUCCUGAUUCCUGGUGGAAUUGGAAUUUGGAAAUGUUGGUUUUAGAGGAGAGGGGGAAACCGGAGCAAAGGAGAGAACCAACGACAAGCUCAACCCACAUAUGGCGUCGAUCCCUACUCUCACCACUGCGACACCCUUGAUCCCCACCCUUCUUGUUUGCAACCAAGUGACAAGGCGGCAAUGUUGGAUGUCAAAAAAAGAAUUUUUCACGAAGAAUUUACAUGAAAAUAGAGUUAAGUUCCAAGAGGAGACAAAUGCUUUUGUUCUUGACCACCACCAUGGCCGCCGUGACGUCACGUGCAAACCAGCAAUUGCUCUUGUUUACUUUGUGAGUCGUUUCCUGAUAAAUGGACGUUUUUACUUUUGUUUUUACUUGAACAGUACUCUGAAUACGAGAAAGUUGUGAUAGAAGAUCGUGUUGCCAAGGAGCAGAAGAGAAGAGAAGCUGAGCAACAGGAGGAGGAGCUCAAAGCUGCUACAAAGGUAGGAUUUCGGGUCAGCGCAACAGUUGAGAGGGAGGGGCGUUAGGAGGUUACAAUCCUACCCUUCCUCUCCCCUCUAAUUAAUGUUACCUUGAGUAUACCUUAAACAAAAUGAAAAGUCAUUCUAGGUAAAAAAACGGAACUACUACUUGCGAAUGCGUCCAACAUUAUCGUGAAAGCAGAUCAAACGUGGCUUACUUGUUGCCUCGUACUUGAUCACAUACGGGAACAACACAGAAGGCAGCAAACGUUUGAAAUCAUGCGGACCAUAUCCAAAAACAUCCAGUAAACAUAUUGCACCUAACAACAUGAGAUUAAGUUGGACCAACAAGUCGGGGGUUUAUCAAUGGGGCUUUAACUAAGAAACUUUGCUCCACUUCUCCUUUUACCUGUUCAAACAUUGGAUAGCGCUAUCCAGCGGAUUACUAUAAGGGAAAAUAGUUGUACUAUCCACUGAAUAGAGAUUUAUCCGGUGGAUAGCUCAAUCCACUACAUAAAUCUUUAUUCCACUGGAUAAUGCAAUUGCCCGGGGGGAUACUUGGGUUAAUGUUUGCUGGGUAUGUGCCGCUGGCCUCUCAGAGCCCCUACCCCAUUAUAGUCUAUUUUUGGCCAAUUAUUGACCCCAUCUCUUUGGAAAAUGAAAUUUUCGCGAUCCCAACUUAGUCACUUUCUAUUUAUGCAUCUCCCUUAUCAAUGUGGUUUCAAGAGGCGGAAUGUAAUGCGGUCAAUGUGAGCUUAUUGUUAAAUUUAAUAAACAACAACUUUCUGAUUCUUUAACCGAGAAUCUUCGCAUUUUGAAUCCCUACUUACCCCAAAAAUCCGAAAAUUUGCGACGCCAUUCUAGUAACUCUAUUGAAAAUGCGACCCCAUUAUAGUCAAUCCAGUUGUGAAAAUGCGACCCCAUCCAGCGGCACAUCCCCAUUAGCCUCUUGUAAGGGAGUACCCCCCCCCACCCGGGCGCAAUUGGUUUCCCUGAUACUUAUCCACUGGAUAGAGAUUUAUUUAGUGGAAAGCACUAUUCACCUUUUGAACAACCCGCGCCUGCGGUGUUAAUAGUUACGAAGGACAAACUGCUGAGGUAAACCUGCAAUACUGGACAGAAUUUCCAGCGUUCAAAUUGUCAUCGAGUAAAACCGUCUAAUUUGUACCACGUCUUGUUUUCAGUUGCAAUUUUGGUGGCGACGAACCAUGGAGCGAAAGCAGCUAGGACCGUACAGCAAGAAAAAGAAGAAGAAGGGAAAGAAAGGCAAGAAAUCGGGGAAAAAAGGCGGUGGAAAGAACAAGAAGAAGUAA